GGCGGCGACGGCCGCCUGCUCGCCGUGCUGCAGGAGGAGCGGCUGGAGGUGCGCAGCGCGCGCGAUAAUUUCACCUCGAUCGUGGGCGACGGCGCCGUGCUGGCCGACCCGCGGCCGCAGUGGCGCCGCCUGCGCUGGAGCGGCGGCCGGCCGCUGCUGGCCGUGGCUGCCAGCUCCGGCUGCGUGGACGUGUACGACGCGCUGGCCGCCUCCGUCUGCGUCAUCUACCCGGCCGAGUUCGGCCGGCAGCCGGAGCCGCGCUGGGACGCGCUGCUGCUGGUGCUGCUGUACAGCGGACAUAUCACGGCGUACCACGUCUCCGCCGCCGACGGCUACGAGGAAGCGUUCAACUGCAGGCUCAAGCUGUACCCGCGCGGCAUCACUAGCGCCACCUACGACGAGCAGGGCCAGUUGCUAGUGGUGGCCGGCGAGAGCGGCCAGGUGGGGUGCGAGCGGCUGCAAGGUCUGGGCAGCUGCGAGGGCAUCACCUGCUGGCGCUUGCUGGCGGGCUACCCGCACCUACAGGUCUGCCAGUCCGUGCAGGAGGAGGAGGUGCAGCCGUCGCUGUCUUGGCUGCCGUGGCGUCGCGGCCCUUCCGCCUGGGAUCCGGUGGUGGCGCUGAGCUUGUGCCCAGCCUCGCGCCGGCUGCUCUCGGCCCACCUCUCGGGCGCCCUCACCGUCUGGGAGUUCCCCUCCUUGCGCAAACAGACGCACUGGCCGCUCGAAGCGCAGCCAGGCCAUGACGCCGUCAGCCCCGAGCUUCUGCAACUGCCCACGGGGAGGCGCCAGCAGCGGCUGCGCACGCUCGGCGCCGCCGCCGGCCGGCCGGCCGCCGUCGCCUGGUGGUCGGAGUCGGCUCUGAUCCUGGCGCGUCGCAAUGGCGCCGUUACCGUCAGCGACGCCGAGACGCUGGCCAACCUGCUGGGCGAGUCUCCCGAGUUCUUCAGCGGCGCGCCGCGCGUCACCGAGAGCGGCCGCCAGCCCUCCGACGACGAGCAGGCCGACGACGAGGGUGACGAGCAGGAGGAGAGCGUGGCCCUGCCGCGCCGCGUGCUGGAGGGGGUCAGGUCGGGCCUGUACUGGCUGACGGACUCGGAGCGGUUCGAGGCGGCGCGCCGGCGGCCCCGCCUCACACGCACGCUGUACCGGCUCACCUGCCUGCGCAGCACCACCCCACAGCAGCUGUACGCUCGCAAGAUCGAGCUCGGCGAGUACGGCGAGGCGCUCAUGCUGGCCGAGGCGUACGGCCUGGACAGCGACCUGGUGUUCCUGAGGCAAUGGCAGAAGUCCGACGUGUCGGCCGACACCAUCCGCGACUACCUGGGCCGCAUCCGACGGCGCGCGCUCGUGCUCACCGAGUGCGUGUCGCGCGUGCCGGCCCGGCUGGAGGCGGCGCGCCUGCUGCUGGAGCACGGCCUGCGCGGCACUGGGCUGGAGGCGAUGCGUGCGGCCGCCCAGCCCGCCUGCGACGCCUUCCUGCCCCGGCUGCUGGGCUACCAGGAGCGGCUGCGCACUUACGAGAGGAUGCUAGGCGGCGCGGAGAAAGCCGAGGAGUGCUACGACGCGGCCGUCUACAGCCGGUUCCGAGACAGGACGGCGCUGGAGGCGGCGCUGGACUUCGCGCGGCGCUCCGACUGGCAGGCGCUCGGCGUGAUGCUGACCUACCACGGCCACGAGCUGCUGGAGCACCGGCUGCUGCUGCUCUCCAACGUGCCGGAGACGACGCCGCCGGCGCUGUACGCGCCCUUGCUGCCUGAGGUGGACAGCCGGGGCCGCGUGCUGUCGUACGAGACGCUCCGCUGGCAGGAGCCGGACUGGGUGGACAGUCUGCUGCUGGACGACGGCUCGCCCCUGCACAGGUCAUGCCCGGCCGAGUGUCCACCGUACGCGGUGACUCGUCGUGACCCGACGCCGGCCCAGCUGUCUGCCUGGUACGCUGGCCGGGCGCGUGAGAUCGUGGCGCGCACCUGCCUGGUGGGCCACGGCCUGGAGCUGGUGCAGCUGGGCCGGGAGCGCAACGUGUCCGACCUGGAGCCGCUGCGCGACGACCUGGACACGCUGGCCACGCUCGUGUAUGAGGCCGGCCACCUGGAGGUGACGCUCGACUCGUACGCCAAGAUGGCGCCUGCGCGCGUCAUCGAGCUGAUGAUGGCCGGCGCCAGCGAGGCGACGUUCGUGGCACAGGUGCGCGGCCGCCUGCUGCCGUACCUGGCGCGUCGCGAGGUGGCCGAGCCGGGCUCCUCGGCCGGCCUCCUGCACGACUACGUGCUGCGCCUGGUCUCUAACCCCGCCCAGCUGACGGCUCUGGCUCUGGACGCCGUGUACGCGUGCCCGAAGCGCGAGUCGGCGGCAGCUCGCCGCCCCGGGCCGCCGGCCGCCCUCGACUGGCGCCGCCUGCUGGACGACAUGUUGGAGAUGCAGCAGAAGGUGUUCCAGGUGGUGACGCCGCAGACCGUGCACGAGAUAUUCGUGCUGUCACUGCUGACGUCGGCGCGGCCGGCGCUGCUCGAGCUGGCCGGCUCGCUGAUGUGCACCGACCCGACCGAGCGGCCAGCCGUCACCAACGUGUACCUGCGCAAGGUGUCGUUCGCCAGGUCGGCGGCGCUCGUCUGCACGGCCGCCCGCGAGUACUUCGACGCCGCCGCCAGCCUGGUCGACCCCAGCAUGCAGCUGGCGCGCCAGUGUCUGCAGCUGAUUCGGGAGCCGCCAGAGGAGGUUCGCCGCGAGCUGGGCCUGGUUGACAGUCUGGAGCUGCUGGUGGCGUUCGGGGUGUCACUGCUGCCGGUCCAGGUGCGCCUGACGCCCGACAAGCUCACCCUGCUGGAGCGCUGUCUGGACGGCCGGCCGGACGCCUACAGGUCGGACCAGGACCUGCUGACGCUCAGCCGACUGCUGCACGUGCCCGACGGCUGGCGGCUGCUGCGGCUGAUCGCUGAGCGAGCGCUGAAGGCAGCCGACCCGGCCGCGGCCUCUCGCGCUUGCCGACAUCUAGUGGUGGGCGAGCACACCUCAGCUUGGGACGUCUGUCAACGGGUGGCGGAGUGUGAUGACUACGCGGACAUCGACGACAGGCUGGAGCUGCUGUCGUUCUCGCUGGCGCACUGUCCGGCGGCGCGGCUGGAAGAGGUGCUGCGGUUGCGGCAGCGGCUGCUGGCCGCCCGGCUCUGCCGCCGGCUGCAGCUGCUGGUAGCCGAACAUUCGGCGGCCGAGAACGGCCAGGACGCCUCGGCCGAGGACGCGGCCGCCGGUCAGGCGUCACCGGAGACGUCACUGUCGGAAGAGAAUGCCGAAGACGGCGAGGAAGGCGCCGUCUCGCCCGGCGGCGGGGACGGUUCCCGCGCGGGGUCGUCGGCUGGGGACGCCGCCUCCCGCGGGGCCUCGCCCGGCACGCGAUCGCCAGGCGACGGGGAGGCCUCCCGCGACACGUCGCCGGCCGGGAAGGAGGUGCUCGCGGAGGCGCCGUCGGAGCGGGAGUCGAGCCCGGCACUGGCGCUGUUGCGGAGCACGCGCGGCUUCACCGACCACCUGGUGCGCGCCACAGCCAGCACCACGCGCGCCGUGCUGCAGGCCACCUCGGACACGACGCGGGCGCUGGUUUCGGCGCAGCUGCCGGCCGAGCUGCUGACCUCGGCCGGCAGCGCCACCCGCAGCCUGCUGCGCUCCACUGUGUCCCGGCUGACUCCGGGGCAGCGCGCCGCCGCCGCCGUCGAGCUGGCGCCGGCGAACGCCGACGUGACGCGGGUGGGUGUGCCGGCGUUCACCGCCUCCCUGCUGCCUGGGUGUCACGAGAGUACGCUGUACGCCGACUACCGGUCGUUCGCGCUGGCGCUGCGGCUGGCGGCCUACUGCUGCGCGCUGCGGCUGGCCGCCGAGCUAGACGGUCGGCCGUCGGACGCCACACUCGAGCGGCCUGAGCAGCUGAUCGCCGACGGCCUGCAGUGUCAGGCACCGGCCGCCGCCGGGCUGCGCGCGCUCCUGGAACAGCUGUGCGCCCGUCUGGAGGACGCCCGGCAGGCGCACCAGCUGCAGCGGCUGGACCGCGGUGUCGACGUGGCGCGCUUCGCCGCCGAGCCGGCCUACCAGCGCGACACCAUUCUGGGCCUGGCCAUGAGUGACGACGACGCGGCGCUGGAGGCGGCCGCCCGGCUGGCGCGUCGGUACGGCGUGUCGGCGCCGGAACUGGCGCGCGCGCAGCUGGUGCACCUGUUCUCGGCGGCCGAACUGUCGGCGGACGAGGUGCGCGAACGCGUGCGCCGACGCCAGCUGAUGGCACCGGCCCUGGAGGAACCCGAACUGCUGGCGUGCGCGCUGGCCGAGCGCCGGCUCGAGGCCGAACACGCGCGCUUGGAGCGGCUCGAGCCGGCUGACUUCCGCCGGUGCUCCGCUCGCUUGCUGUUCAGCGACGCCGCGCUGAAGCUGGACUUGGAGGCGCGCCAAGAGAUGGCGGGCAGUCUGCGCGAAAUGACGGAGGACAGGAAGCCGGAGGAGGCGUGGGCGGAGGUGCGGGAGAGCCUGGACGGCUGGCUGGAGCACCUGGAGUACCUUGAGUGGGACUCGUACACGGAGCUGCUGGAGUCCUCCGACGAUGACGUCUACAGGUUCGCCCGGCUGUUCGACCAGACGCGCGGUGAGCCGGCCAGACUGCGGGAACUGCGCUCCCGCAUGGUGGUGGACGGCUGCCACCUAUCGGCGCUGCGGCGAAUCCUGAGUGUGUUCCCGCUGGACGAGGUGGCGCCGCUGGAGACAGUGUUGCUGGACGCGCUCGGCGAGGCGGUCGAGCGGCUGUGCAGUCAGCGCGAGGCAGCCGACAUGCGCCCUCUGGCGGCCGUCACCGCCCAGCUCAGGCGUUACAUCGACGAGGGUGGCGAGGGCCUGACCGCUGACCAGGUCGUCGCCGAGUUCCGUCGGUUGUGCGACGACUCGCAGGUGGACACGGGCCGGCGGGUGAAGGCAGCGCGGCUGCUGGUCAAACACUUCGCUGUGGACCGGGACCUGUUCCCGGACCUCGUGCACGCCGACACGAUCGCCGCGCUGCCCGGCACGCCACUGUCAGCGGCCGCCGCCAAACACGCCGCCUCCAAGGUGUUCUCCAAGUGGCUCCAGUAG